UUUGAACACGAUGACAUCUCCAACAUUUGUCUUCUAUCUGACAUGUUUGUUCUUUGGAAAAAUGGCUCAGGCGACGGAUCUUAAAACCUCUUCAGCCAUUUAUCAAGAGAGCAGUUUUGUAUCAGCUACAACUGGGGAAAACUUGACUUUGCGAUGUUUCUAUAGGGAUAAUGUUGCAGCAAGGUUUUACUGGUACAAACAGCCUCUGGGACAGAAACCACAGCUCAUGUCUACUUACUACAAGUAUGAAAGGAAUGGAAUAUUUCAUAACGAAUUCCAGAACAAUCCACGCUUCACGCUGUAUACUGAAAUACAUCAGAAUCACUUGAGGAUGACAGAUCUGCGCAUCGCAGACACAGCUACUUACUACUGCGCAAGUAGCUAUUCCUACAAUUUUGAAUUUGCACAGGGCACUUUUGUAAGUGUGAAGGGUUCAGGUUUGAACGUCCCAGCUUUGUUGAAUCAGUCAGCAUCUGAGACCGUCCAGCCAGGAGGCUCUGUGACUCUGAACUGUACAGUACACACUGGGACCUGCGAUGGAGAACACAGUGUUUACUGGUUCAAACACUCUCAGGAAUCUCAACCAGUGCUCAUCUCCAUUCAUGGAGGCAGGAAUGAUCAGUGUGAGAGGAAAGACAACACACAAACACACAGCUGUGUCUACAGCUUGCCAAUGAAGAGCCUGAAUCUUUCUCAUGCUGGGACCUACUACUGUGCUGUUGCCUCAUGUGGACACAUACUGUUUGGAGACGGGACCAAGCUGGAUUUUGAAGAUGAGGUGGACUCUCGGAUCUUGGUGUAUUUCCUGAGUGGAGCUUUGACGUUCUCUGUCAUCCUGAGUGUUUUUCUGGCUUACUCCAUGUAUUUGAUCAAAAAGAGAAACAAAUGCAACUGUGCAGAGUCUCAUGCAAGAUUUACGACUCCCUCUACAAUAAAUGCAGAGAGUGACCAACAUGAAGAAAACCUCCAUUAUGCAGCUUUAAGGGGACACAGGGGCGACAGAUCAAGAAGGCAAAAGAACAAGAGCGAGACCGAAUGUGUGUACUCAAGUGUAAAACAGUAGAACGGCACAGGUUUUGUGUUUGUUUUUGUGUGUUGCUAAAUUAGCAGUUUUUUAUUCCUGUGGCUAUAAACCGAAGCGGGCAGUGCUAUGCUUUGUUGGGUUUCCACUCCUUUCUGUGAAUACUAGAAAUGUGUCGAUUGAAGUAGUUAAUUUCGGGCUGUAGUUGUGUGUCAGGUUGAUCUGCCUUCACUGUAUUUAAAAGCAAAAAGGUUGAAAGAUUAAAAUGCUCUGCCCUUGAUAUAGUCCUCAGUUUACAAUAUAGGCGUCAGAACAAGUGCAUGGAAGAGAGAGUGGUAUGAAUUUACAUUGUCUGACCACAAAUACUGUGACAGCUAUAAGGAUCUUAAUCAUUGUUGUUGUUGUUACAUUGGAUUAUUUUACGUUUUCUUGAAUAAGUCGAGACAAACAGCGGGACAGAGGAAAUAGACAAAAAGAGAGAAUGCGAAAGACAAAGUUAUAGCUAGGGACAUUUUUCAUGUGGUCUUCAGCAAAUGUGCUAAAAAAAAACAUGGAAUCACAGCACAUCAAAAUAAGUUUCAUCUCAUUUGUUAACAUUUAUUGAUGCAGGUUUUUUUUUUUAACCAAUUAAAAAUUUUGACGGGGACAAAAUUGGUCAUUUCAAAAAGUGGACACAUAUGGGCAGUAAUAUGAUAUUCAUCCUAUGUGUUACUGUGAAGUUGAACAAUUGGUAAUGUUUUUGUGGAAUAUCAUCACAUCACUGUGAAGUUGACCUCUGACCUUUCAGCCUGCCAUUUCAGAGAUAUUGUGGAUGGACGGGCAACAUGAAAACAUAGCUACGACUAUCAUCAACACAGACACAUAAAGACUUUUGAUCUUAACAGUGUUCUAAUGUGCAUACAUUGACUGUAAAAAAAAAAAAAAAAAAAAAAAAAAAUUUAAGGCCAUGAAAACAUAUGUCAUUAAUAACCUUCCAUAUAUGAAAAAUAGGGAUCGUGGAUGUGACAAUUUUUUUUUGUUAAAAAAAAAAAUAUAUAUAUAUAUAUGUUACAUUUAUUUCCAUCAGUUAGAAUGUUGCAGUAUUUUGAACAAGAAUCUGACAGUAGUAGUUAGAUUGUUUUGCCGGGCCUCCGUCAGUCGAAUAUGUUCAACGACACCAACGCGGUCCUGGUGAAGCAGACCAGCUGACAUAGUAAAUAAUACCUGAGGAUGUUCUUCUUCUAGUGUUGAAUACAAUUGUUAUAUUGUACAUAAGACUACUUAAAAUAUGAAAGCAUAAUUUCAAUGGCUUUAAUUGUUAUGUAAUUCAUUUUCUGCUGCAGUAAUACAUUUGGCUGAUGAAUUACCAAAACCUUCUGCCGUGUCCUGAGAUGAUGUCAUCUCCUUUAUGUGCUGAAAGGAGAUGACAUCGCUAAUCAUCUGCCUGUGUCUAUGACUAAAUAUCUGAUGUGUUCAGCAUCUAAACAUACAGAAAUCAUAACAGUUGAUGAUCUUUGUAGUUUUUUUCUGCCUCAUGAUUGUCCAGAUGCCAGGGAGUAGUCAGAAUAAGGUC